AUGUCUGCAUCCACGGGCGAAGCCGAGCUCAGGCAAAACAGUCACUCUGAAAACUCUGCAACCUCACCAGAACACCAAUCAUCCCCAAACUCUUGGACGUUGGGAGAUCGUACAUCGAAUGACCAUUCGCGGGCAAAAUCUCCUCACCAAACCGCAUCGGAGGAGCCCGAGGGACAUGACCGAAGCGAUAAGGACAGUUUACAGGGUAGCACCGAGAAAAGUAAACCAAAAGACAAGGUUAAAGCAAAUGCGACGGCCGAGAAGUUCAAAGGGAAAGAGAAGGCAAUCGAAAAGGAGAAAGUGACCUCUCCUCAGAAGAAGCCCAUGCCAAACCGCCGAUCCUCCACUCGCUUGCAGACCAACGACAACUCAUCCUUGUCCAUCCUUUCCGACGACGACGACCCCUCACCACCCUCGUCAGAAUGUCUUCCAGAUGAUCAGGCUGCCAUUGCUGACGCAUUGAAGGUUCAAAUACUGGGGAAGAAGAGGUCGACGGCUGUCGUGGCGUCCGCUCUGAACCGCAACACGCUUGCUCUGGGAGGUCAUCAAUUAGAGCUGGUAGAAAUACAACGCAAGAACGAAGAAAGGGUUCGGGGUGAAAUCGGGGAGCUGAGAGUGCGUGUAGAUGCACUGGAAGUGUCUGGACUGGGUGCCCACGUAGACGAAUCUGUCAUCUCUGACGGAUCAGGUUCCCCGAAAGUGCCUGCAGCGUCUCUCCUACGUGAUAUUAGGACGCGUAUCAAGGCACUUGAAGGCAACAACCAUUUGCUAAAGGACGGUGUAGAUUGGAAGCGGACCUUGGACAAGGAAUUUCGUACGCUUAAGGACAAACCAAAGGAUGUCAUGGAGGUAUGCACAUACGCCACAAAGGAGUUUACGAGAAUAGGAUCUCUCAUAUCCAAAGGGCUUUCGGAUCUACGCGAAGAGGUGAGGGUGGACCGAAAAACGUCGAUAGCUGACGCCUUCAAAAAGGUCACCACCACCAUCAACUCACACAACGACACUCUUCGGGAGGAGAAUAGGAAGCUGUGGGCCAAGCUCGAUGACGUCUCCACCAAGCUUGAAGCAGCUUUGGCAGAUAAUGAUGGUCUACGUGCUCGACUGCAAGAAAUUGUCUAUGCAACAUAA